AUGCAGCCCUGCCCCAGGGGCUCCGCUGCUGAUUCACAGCCAGCCCCGCUGCCCGCUGCCCCCGCUGCCCGGACCCGCCGCGCUCGCAAGGUGCUCCAUGCCCGUGCCCAUCAGCUCUGAUGCAGCCCCUGGUGAUGCAGGAAUGGCUCCAUGUCCUCCCUCCGUGUCCUGAGUGGCCCCUCCCGGCCCAGGCGCAGCACAGCAGCCCUGCCCGCCCGCUCUCUCAGGUUGAAGCCUCACAGGAUGGUGCAGGACCCUCGUGCGUAACCCCCCGGGCUCCCAGCACUGCUGCCGGGCCCCAGGCCCCUCUGGAGAUGAAUCUUUGCUGGAACGAGAUCAAAAAAAAAUCCCACAGCCUUCGGGCUCGGCUGGAGGCCUUCUCUGACCACAGUGGGAAGCUGCAGGUGCCUCUGCAGGAGAUCAUAGACUGGCUGGGGCAGAAGGAUGAGGAGCUGUCGGCCCAGCUGCCCCUGCGGGGCGAUGUUCUCCUGGUGCAGCAGGAGAAGGAGACACACGCGGCUUUCAUGGAAGAAGUGAAGUCUCGGGGGCCAUACAUUUACUCUGUCCUGGAGUCAGCACAGGCUUUCCUUUCCCAGCACCCAUUUGAGGAAUUAGAAGAACCAACUUUGGAAAGCAAAGAUGUGUCUCCGCGGCACCGCAUCCAGAACAUCAGCCGCUUUGUGUGGAAGCAGGCCAACGUGGCCAGCGAGCUCUGGGAGAAGCUCACAGCUCGCUGCGUGGACCAGCACCGCCACAUCGAGCGCACCCUGGAGCAGCUGCUGGAGAUCAAAGGGGCCAUGGAGGAGCUCAGCACCACCCUGGACCAGGCUGAGAGCGUGCGGGAGACCUGGGAGCCCAUCGGGGACCUCUUCAUCGACUCCUUGCCCGAGCACAUCCAGUCCACCAAGCUGUUCAAAGAGGAGCUGUCCCCCAUGAAGGAUGGGGUGAAAGUGGUCAAUGACCUUGCACACCAGCUGGCCAUCUCAGAUGUGCACCUGUGCAUGGAGAGUUCCCGCACCCUGGAGCAGAUCAACACCCGCUGGAAGCAGCUGCAGGCCUCCAUAAAUGAACGCCUGAAGCAGCUCCAAGAUGCCCACCGGGACUUUGGACCAGGCUCCCAGCACUUCCUCUCCUCCUCUGUCCAGGUGCCCUGGGAGCGAGCCAUUUCCCCCAACAAAGUGCCAUACUACAUCAACCACCAGGCCCAGACCACGUGCUGGGACCACCCAAAGAUGACAGAGCUGUACCAGACGCUGGCGGAUUUGAACAACAUCAAGUUCUCGGCGUACCGCACAGCCAUGAAGCUGCGGCGGGUGCAGAAAGCCCUGAGAUUGGACAUGGUCACCUUGGGCACGGCUUUGGAAAUCUUCAACGAGCACGACCUGCAGCCCAGCGAGCGGGCGAUGGACGUGGUGGAGGUGAUCCACUGCCUGACCGCGCUCUACGAGCGCCUGGAGGAGGAGCGCGGCAUCCUGGUCAACGUGCCCCUCUGCGUGGACAUGAGCCUCAACUGGCUGCUGAACGUCUUUGACAGUGGCCGCAGUGGGAAGAUGAGGGCUCUCUCCUUCAAGACGGGCAUCGCGUGUCUGUGCGGGACAGAGGUCAAGGAGAAGUUCCAGUAUCUCUUCAGCCAGGUGGCCAAUGCCGGGGGCCUGUGUGACCAGCGGCACCUCGGGGUCCUGCUCCACGAGGCCAUCCAGGUCCCUCGCCAGCUGGGGGAGGUGGCAGCGUUUGGGGGCAGCAAUGUGGAGCCCAGCAUCCGCAGCUGCUUCCGCUUUAGCAAUGGGAAGUCUGCCAUUGAGGUGUCCCAGUUCCUGGAGUGGGCCAACCUGGAGCCCCAGUCCAUGGUGUGGCUGGCGGUGCUGCACCGGGUCACCAUGGCCGAGCAGGUGAAGCACCAGACCAAGUGCUCUGUGUGCCGCCAGUGCCCCAUCAAGGGCUUCAGGUAUCGGAGCCUGAAGCAGUUCAAUGUGGAUAUCUGCCAGACCUGCUUCCUCACGGGGCGAGCCAGCAAGGGCAACAAGCUGCACUACCCCAUCAUGGAGUACUACACCCCAACCACAUCCAGUGAGAACAUGAGGGACUUUGCCACGACACUGAAGAACAAGUUUAGGUCCAAGCAGUACUUCAGCAAGCACCCACAGAGGGGUUACCUGCCCGUGCAGUCUGUGCUCGAGGCUGACUGCUCUGAGACCCCAGCCUCCUCCCCGAUGUUACCCCACGCUGACACUCACUCCAGGAUCGAGCACUUUGCCAGCAGGCUUGCAGAGAUGGAAAGCCAGAACUGUUCCUUCUUCAGUGAUAGCCUGUCCCCUGAUGACAGCCUGGAUGAGGACCAGUACCUGCUGCGCCACUCCAGCCCCAUCACAGACAGAGAGCCUGGGGGCAGCCAGCAGGGUCCAGCAGGCCUCAACAUGGAUGACAAGGGAGAGCUGGAGAGAGUCCUGGCCCACCUGGAGGAUGAAAACAGGAUCCUCCAGGGAGAGCUGAGACGUUUGAAGUGGCAGCAUGAUGAGGCAGUGGAGUCCCCAACCUUGGCCUCAGGCUCUCCCGAGUCAGUGCAGGACCCACGGAACGAGGAGCUGCUGGCAGAGGCGCGGAUCCUCCGGCAGCACAAGAGCCGCCUGGAGACACGGAUGCAGAUCCUGGAGGACCACAACAAGCAGCUGGAAUCCCAGCUGCACAGGCUGAGGGAGCUGCUGCUGCAGCCUCCAGCAGAGUCAGAAGGCAAUGGUUCAGCAGCCUCCUCCUUGGCUUCAUCUCCACAUCAGUCAGAAGGCAGCCAGGCAAAGGAGAAAGAGCACAACACCCCUGACACUGAAACUGCAGAUGAGGUGGAAGCCAAGACCCAGGAGGUCAGCAUGUGCCUGGAAGACAUCAUGGAGAAGCUGCGGAGCGCCUUCCCCAGCUCCCGAGGUAUGACCUCCCUUAUCUAACACCUCCUGUGAGCCAGAGGCUUUUCCUAACCAGCUACCUGGCUGCUUUCCUCCCCUCUCUCCCUGCCAUGCUCCCUGUGCUGCAGCAGACCUCACACAGACUCCCUCCGAGCUGCUGGUGCAGGAUGCUUGCCAGCUCCAGAAGAUCUCAGGGGAACAGAGGCCAUGCAGGAGUGGGACUGUGGGCUCCCCAGGAGGCUGGUUGGGUCACUGGCCACAGUGUCCAAGCCUGGGUGGGAUGGUUCAGAAGAACUGAAGCCAUGAAAACUGCCAGUCUCCCCUGGCACCCUCAGGGGAUGCAGAGCUCAGCAUCCCACUCUUCAUCCCUGCCCAGGAGCCUCCAGGUCUAUGGGCACCAAAACACUCCUGGAGCCACACAAUUUUUAGAAUAACUCUUUCUAACAGUGACCAGCUGCCAGCCUUAUGGUUUGAGUUCUGCCACCCAAGGCUCUGCAGCCAGCCAGGCACACACCACCAGGAGAGAGUUUGUGAGGUUUAUGGAGUAGGGAUUGAGUCCAUGUUAGAGCUUCAGCCCAGCUAGUAGCCUUAUUUGAGAGGGUCUUUAUAACAGAGCCUUAUUGUUUAAUUUGCAUAUAUUUCUAUAUAUUAUAUAUAUAUAUACUGUACUUAAAUACUCUCAUGGACUCACUCUAUUAAACUCUAAUACCUUAAGUGUAGCUGCCCUUCGCUUUCAGACCAGCCCA